GGCGCGCACUCACCCACCCGCGCCGGAGCGGACCUUUGGCUUGGCUUGUCAGGGCUUGUCCAGGAGUUCCGCUCCUCUCUCCAACCGGGGUCCCCCUCCAGCGACCCUAAAGCUUCCCAGACUUCCGCUUCAAUUCCUGUCCGCCCCCCACGCCCACCUCAACGUGAAGCGCAGUGGUCUCCGAGGAGCGCCGGAGCUGCCCCGCCUGCCCAGCGGGGUCAGCACUUCGCAUCAAGGCCCAAGAAAAGCAAGUCCUCCAGCGUUCUGAGCACCCGGGCCUGAGGGAAGGUCCUAACAGCCCCCGGGAGCCAGUCUCCAACGCCUCCCACAGCAGCCCGCCGCUCCCAGGUGCCCGCGUGCGCCGCUGCCGCCGCAAUCCCGCACGCGUCCCGCGCCCGCCCCACUUUGCCUAUCCCCGGGACUAAGACGGGGGAGCUUGUGGCCCUGCCAGAGCUGAAAACAAUCAACUCAUGCUGAGAGGAAACCACACUGAGAGGAAACCAUGCUGAAAGAUCAAGGCUAGAGAGCAUAAGCACUGCCUGCAGCCUAACAUCUUGGCUUCUCCAUGAAGAAUACCAUAUUUUUUAAACUUUCCAGAAAAUAACUGAAAAGGAAUCAUUGGAUCAGGCUCUCCCCUCCCAUGGUCUCCCAUUAUUGCCUCUGAUCACGUCUGGAGUAGGUCCUGUUACCAUCCUAUUUUAUAGAAAAGAAACUUGGAAAGACUUGCCCAAAGUCACACAGUUACUAGGUAACAGAAGUGAACUUCCAAAGCCUAUGCUGAAUCCAUUUCCUCUUCGGUUACCUCAGUGGCCUUAUCAUCAAGAUGUAAACUCCCUAACUCCCAUGUGAUGUUGAUGCCACGUUCUGGAAAGGACACAUGAAGUAGCAAGAGUCUUUGCUCAGGGAAACCACUCAUCAGUUCAGUUGUUUACCUCAAACAGAAUCCUGUGAAGCAGCUCCAGCUAUGUGUGAAGAAGAGGACAGCACUGCCUUGGUGUGUGACAAUGGCUCUGGGCUCUGUAAGGCCGGCUUUGCUGGGGACGAUGCUCCCAGGGCUGUUUUCCCAUCCAUUGUGGGACGUCCCAGACAUCAGGGGGUGAUGGUGGGAAUGGGACAAAAAGACAGCUACGUGGGUGACGAAGCACAGAGCAAAAGAGGAAUCCUGACCCUGAAGUACCCGAUAGAACAUGGCAUCAUCACCAACUGGGACGACAUGGAAAAGAUCUGGCACCACUCUUUCUACAAUGAGCUUCGUGUUGCCCCUGAAGAGCAUCCCACCCUGCUCACGGAGGCGCCCCUGAACCCCAAGGCCAACCGGGAGAAAAUGACUCAAAUUAUGUUUGAGACUUUCAAUGUCCCAGCCAUGUAUGUGGCUAUCCAGGCGGUGCUGUCCCUCUACGCCUCUGGACGCACAACUGGCAUCGUGCUGGACUCUGGAGAUGGUGUCACCCACAAUGUCCCCAUCUAUGAGGGCUAUGCCUUGCCCCAUGCCAUCAUGCGUCUGGAUCUGGCUGGCCGAGAUCUCACUGACUACCUCAUGAAGAUCCUGACUGAGCGUGGCUAUUCCUUCGUUACUACCGCUGAGCGUGAGAUUGUCCGGGACAUCAAGGAGAAACUGUGUUAUGUAGCUCUGGACUUUGAAAAUGAGAUGGCCACUGCCGCAUCCUCAUCCUCCCUUGAGAAGAGUUACGAGUUGCCUGAUGGGCAAGUGAUCACCAUCGGAAAUGAACGUUUCCGCUGCCCAGAGACCCUGUUCCAGCCAUCCUUCAUUGGGAUGGAGUCUGCAGGCAUCCAUGAAACCACCUACAACAGCAUCAUGAAGUGUGAUAUUGACAUCAGGAAGGACCUCUAUGCUAACAAUGUCCUAUCAGGGGGCACCACUAUGUACCCUGGCAUUGCCGACCGAAUGCAGAAGGAGAUCACGGCCCUAGCACCCAGCACCAUGAAGAUCAAGAUCAUUGCCCCUCCGGAGCGCAAAUACUCUGUCUGGAUCGGUGGCUCCAUCCUGGCCUCUCUGUCCACCUUCCAGCAGAUGUGGAUCAGCAAACAGGAAUACGAUGAAGCCGGGCCUUCCAUUGUCCACCGCAAAUGCUUCUAAAACACUUUCCUGCUCCUCUCUGUCUCUAGCACACAACUGUGAAUGUUCUGUGGAAUUAUGCCUUCAGUUCUUUUCCAAAUCAUUCCUAGCCAAAGCUCUGACUCGUUACCUAUGUGUUUUUUAAUAAAUCUGAAAUAGGCUACUGGUAA